AUGUCUUCCUCGGACAUCCAAGGCUACGCUAUCCGUCGGAAUAACUCAUGUCUCAGCGACGAAGUCGGAUGCGGGAGAACCUGGGAGACCUGGCACGCUUGCUGCCCAUCCGGAUCCAAAUGUCCCGGAAAGGAGUACUCGAUUCAGAACAAUGUCUGCUGUCCGACGUGGACGGACUGUACCUCCGAGAUCAAACCUGCUGUCUGCGCCAAUAGCACCUGGAACAUGUAUGACUACGAUGGUUAUUUCUGCUGUACCCAGGACGAGAGUGGGUUUAGGCUCAAGGGAACGGACUGGGUGGGCUGUUUGAGCCCCGAUUCACCGGGAAAUGCUAGUUACAGCGCCUUGAGGCUCAUAAGCACUGCUUCCUCAACCGCUACAUCGGCCCCCACGUCCACUUCCGCAUCGACCACAACAGCAUCAACAGCAGCAACAACAACCGCUGCUGCAUCCUCAGGGUCAGGUACCAACACGGGCGCAAUAGCCGGUGGCGUCGUCGGCGGCGUCGUCGGAGCCGCAGCAAUAGCUGGCCUUCUUUUCUACUUCCUGAGACGCCACAAUAAACAACGGCCCGAGUCGCAGACACAGAUGCAUCUCCAACCACAGGACCCUAGCCCUCAAUAUUCCGCAUACGCGUACAGCCAGCAGCAAUAUUCAACAGGAGCGAGCGAACUAGAUGGCCAGUCUAUGCCUGCGGAAUUACCGUCGACCAAUGAGCCGAAACAUGAGUUGGCGGAGUAUCGGUGA